AUGGAUAAACAUUUUGUAAAAAAUGAGUAUUAUACAAAUAAAAAGUUUUUAUUUGUAUUUUAUAUUAUUUAUAUAAUCAAUUCAUUACAUGCCAAUGGAACUAUUAUACAAAAAGGUGUCAAUUUAAAAAUUUUCAAACGAGAUAAUAAUUUAUUUCAUAAUAAUCAUCUUUCAUUAAAAGAUAAAAAUCAAAAAGAAAAAAACAAUAUUGUUAAUUUUAUAGAAAAUGAUAAUAAAUUAUAUGAUGAUAGUACAAAUAAAUUUAAAAGUAAUGACAUUUAUGAAGAAAUUGCUGAAGAAUCGUCAAAACAAUAUAAUUCGCAUUAUUUAAGUUUAUAUCGAUCAGAUUUAAAAGGAAAUUACUUGGAAUCAAAUGAAAAAGUUAAAGAAGUUCAAUUUACUGAUAAGGACAAAUGUUUUUGCAAUUAUAUUGAUCACCUUUGUGAUGGUGAAGAUUUUUGUUUCAAGGCAAAAGGUGCAGCAUGUUUUCAUGCUAUAACAAUUGAUGAAGAUGAUGAAACAAAAGAAGUUGAGAUCUAUCAUGAAUAUGGUUGUGCACCUUUAGAAAGAGGUGGUCAUGGUUCGCAUUUUACUUGUAAUGCUUAUAGGACACUUUCAUUUACUAAGACAACAAUUGCAUGUUGUUAUGAAGGAAAUAAAUGUAAUUUAAAUAUAACACCAUUAGAUCCAAAAAUUAAUGAUACACAUAUUAAUAAAAAUAUAUUUGACAUAUUUUAUUAUAAAAAUGGCAAAUCAAUCAAUUUUCUAUAUUUGGGAUUAUUAAUCAUAAUUAUUUUAAUAUUUACAUUUAUUUGCUUUUAUUCACUUUUAAAUGUUUCUUUGACAAAAUUAAAAAAAGUAAGUGAAUUUCAAGAAUUACCAACAACAGAUACACAAAAACCAAUAAAUAAUAAUUUUAAAAGAAUUAAUGAAAAAGAAUCUUGUAACGAUUUUACUAGUGGAUCUGGUUCACUUUUAGCAUCACUUAAUCAAAGAACAAUUGCUUUAGAUAUAAGAAUUGAUAAAAUGAUAAGUAAAGGAAGGUAUGGUGAAGUUCAUCGUGCUACAUAUCGUGGAAGUUAUGUCGCAGUCAAAACAUUUUAUACAACUGUUGAAGAUUCAUGGAAAAAUGAAAAAGAAAUUUAUUUAACGGAAAUGUUUAAUCAUGAAAAUAUAUUACAAUUUAUUGCUGCUGAUAUUUGUUCAGUCGAUUCAAUAACAAAAAUGUUACUGAUAACAGAUUAUCAUUCAUUAGGAUCAUUAUAUGAUUAUUUACAAAAUCAUAAUAAUUUAUUGAUAAGAGAAGGAUUGUCACUUGCAAUGACAUCUGCAUGUGGAUUAGAACAUUUACAUAAUAAAAUUUUAGGUACAGGUAAUAAUAAAAAACCUGAAAUGGCACAUAGAGAUAUAAAAUCUAAAAAUAUUAUUGUUAAACGUCAAGGUGUUUGUUGUUUAGCUGAUUUUGGUAUGGCAUUAAAAAAUGAUGGAGAAAAAUAUUUAAAUAAUAUAAAAAUAAAGGUUGGUACACGACGAUAUAUGGCUCCUGAAUUAUUAAAUGAAACAUUGAAUCCUAAAAAUUUUGAAUGUUUUAAACAAUCAGAUAUUUAUUCAUUUUCACUAGUUAUGUGGGAAAUUAUAAGACGUAUUAAUGGUAAUCCUUCAACAUCUAGUUCAUUUUUAUCAAAAAAUACUUUAAAACCAAAUUAUAAAUGUAAUACAUAUAAUGGUAGUGGAAGUUUAAUAUCAGGUGGUAGUCAUUCAAGUUCAGGUUAUGGAUCAACAACAUCUUCAAUAAAAACACCUUUAUUACAUCAAAAUAGUAAUAAAAAUGAGAUAAAUAAUAAAAAUGAAAUAAUUAGUGAUAAAAUUAAUCCAUAUUUUUUACCAUAUGAACCAUGGGUUCCUUCAGAUCCAUCUUUUGAACAUAUGUAUGAAAUAGUUUGUGUUAAAAAAAUGCGACCAGAAUUUAGUACAGAUUGGUUUAAUGAAAAUAACUACAUAUUAAACAAACUCUCAAAUCUUAUAAAAGAAUGUUGGUUUGAAAAUCCUUCAAGCAGGCAUACUGCAUUAAAAAUAAAAAAAGAUCUUUUAAAAUUAAUUGAAAUUUAUGAUACGGAAACUUUAGUGAAAAAAUCUUGCCAUAAUAUUAAUUCUCCUGUUUUGUCUCAAACAUAUUUUGAAACAGUAAACCAGUCAAAUUAA